AUGAAAGUUUUGUUGAAAAGUCCAUAAAUUAUAAAGUUUAUAGUUACAAUCUGCAAAGGUAACGCAAGUUGCAUUGUCACAGAGUGUAAUGUUUUCGUAAAAAUUGCACCAAACAACAACACAACAACAACCAUCAUCAUCGCUUGCUUGCAACUCCAAAUCAAAUCAAAUCAAAUCAAAUCAAUCAAUCCAGCAGCUCCCACGCUCCGAUCAGAUCCCACCGCGACGAUUUAUCUCCCUCUUCUGAAUCUGCCGGGACACUGAGCCAUUUGAACAUAUGAGUAUAUGGUUGGCAGUGAGUCAAAGAUAAAAUAUUUCUUCCUUGAGGUUCCAAGGCAUAGAAGCUGUGUCCAUCACAGGGGUAAAUAAAGGCCUGCGUGUACUAGAUUGUAAUGCUCUGUCCGAGUGGUGGUCUGUGAAUGGUAGCCGAAAAGGUUGGCUGUUGAGAGUUUAGAUUAUUGAUGGAGCAAAGAAUACAUCUACGUGGUGGUGGCACAGCUGAAGCGAUAUCCAAUCAGGGAGAUGUAGAUACAGAACAGGUUUUAGAGCCGUUUGAUAUUGAAAACGAGACAAACCGCUCCAGCAGUUUUGAUGUUGGUUUCAGUUCAGGUGAUAACCUCGGAACGUUGCCUAAAGCCUCGAAAGAUGCUAUCUCUCCCGCUGACAUCCUAAAAACACUCUUCUUUAUACUUGUAUGGUACACUUUCAGCACUUUUUUGACUCUGUACAACAAAACUCUCUUAGGAGAUGAUUUGGGGAAAUUUCCUGCUCCCUUGUUAAUGAAUACCAUUCAUUUUUCUAUUCAAGCGGUUUUAUCAAAGAUGAUAACAUGGUACUGGUCGGGAAGAUUUCAACCUGAUGUUACCAUGUCAUGGAGAGACUAUUUCAUUAGAGUUGUACCAACAGCACUUGCAACUGCUUUGGAUAUAAACCUAAGUAACGAGUCACUUGUCUUCAUAUCGGUUACGUUUGCAACAAUGUGCAAAUCUGCAGCACCAAUAUUUCUUCUUCUGUUUGCUUUUGCCUUCAGGCUGGAGUCUCCAAGCCUGAAACUUUUUGGCAUUAUUUCAGUUAUCUCAGCAGGAGUGUUGUUAUCAGUUACAAAGGAGACGGAAUUUGAGUUUUGGGGUUUCGUUUUUGUCAUGCUUGCUGCGGUCAUGUCUGGUUUCCGUUGGUGUAUGACCCAAGUUCUUUUGCAGAGAGAAACGUAUGGCCUGAAAAAUCCAUUCACAUUUAUGAGUUGCGUGUCACCAGUUAUGGCUAUAGUGACUGGACUUCUUUCUCUCCUUCUGGAUCCAUGGAGUGAAUUUAGAGAGAACAGAUACUUUGAUAGUGGAGAGCAUUUUGCUCGAACUUGUUUCUUGAUGCUUUUUGGUGGAGCGCUAGCUUUUUUCAUGGUUUUAACAGAGUAUGUUCUUGUUUCGGUGACCAGUGCUGUAACUGUCACAAUAGCGGGGGUCGUUAAAGAGGCUGUCACCAUAGUGGUUGCAGUGUUUUACUUCCAUGACGAAUUUACUUGGCUGAAAGGUUUUGGUCUGAUGAUUAUCAUGGUUGGUGUCAGUUUGUUCAACUGGUACAAAUAUGAUAAACUUCAGAAGGGACACAAAACAGAAGAUGAGACGCAGCUACAAGCUUCAAGUCAAACCGGAAAAUAUGUGAUUCUUGAUGAGACGGAUGAUCGAGAAGAGGGUCCUUAACCAAUUGAGACUAAGCUAAACAUGGAGGAUGAAGAAGAAGUAUGAAUACAAAAGAAUAAUGCAAUUGAGAGAAUAUGAAAAUAAUAAAAUAAGAGAUCAGAUGUGGCAUCCACAACAGAGGUAGAAGAAACAGAGAGUCGAAACGAGAACGACACCUUCGACUACAUACAUCACGUUGUAAACCACUCCGUCCACUAUCUCCGUAUGCAGUAUAUCACCUCUUUUCCACUUAAACGACGAAGACGGCGUUGAAAACAUACUCCUUACUCGACGCCAUGUAUGUGCUUCUUUCGCCGUCACUUCAAUCUCCUCUUUCUGCGGCUUCUUCUUCAGAGACGUCCACCUCUUAAUCACUCCCAUCCUUUUUGUCUCUCUUUCUUUAGGACAGAGUCAUCAUGUCACACAGUGCGUUCUUAUACAGGAGAGGAGAGGGUGGCGAUUUGGUGAAUAGGUUAGAGAAGGAGAGGGUAUUAACGUAAAGUGGGAGUAAGUAAAGGAAUGAGAUCCUCUUACCUUUUUUCUUCGGAAAAGUAAAAGCAUUAGCUGGCGAAAGGUUGGAAGAAGGGUGUGAGGGGUGGUUCAGGGAUUUAACAACAAGGCUUUUCGUCACUGAUAUUAUUUUAGUUAGAGAACCAACGGUCCAGCGGCCCACCAAACCAAUGCAACAACGGUCCUUUCUCUCACAUUCCUACAAAUGUCACACUUUUUAUAUGAACCGUUAUAUAAUAUGAUUAAGUUAACGAAUAUAUUCUACAUGUAUAUUUCUGAUUGUAUAGAUUAGAUUCAUACUACGUAAUGGUGUGUCGUAAAGAACUAUAUAUAAACCCCAAUACAGAUGUUUUCUUUUUCUU